AUGCCGCGACCAAAGAAAGAAGGACACAUUCCCAAGACGAGAAGUCGCAACGGCUGCUGGCCUUGCAAGGGACGAAAGGUCAAAUGCGGAGAAGAAAAGCCUCAAUGCUUAAACUGCGAACGCCAAGGAGAAGCAUGCGACUACAGCAUUCGUCUGAAUUGGGGAGGUCGUGCGAAAAGAGAAAAUACAACAUCGAACACCGACUCCGGCUCCAGUAGGGCAAACAGUCCGUAUCAGACAAUGCUCUCGUUCGACGACACCGUACCACCUCUUUUCCAAGCUCACUCCCCUGGGCGACCUCACUCGCGUAGAAAGCUGGCGCAACACGGAAGGUCUCAGUCUGCCACGUCCAUCCCUACUUCUGAGCCUGAGGUUGAUCCAGACCUGACCCGCAUCUUCCAAACCCAGUCACAUCCAGUGCUUUCAGCCAACGCAAUGUUCGAUGGAGAUUCCCCUCCCCAGGAGCCAAGGUCACAACCCACUUCCGUACCGUUUGGCGUCUUCGAAUACUCGGGCAGUUUUGACUAUCCUUCACCUGCCGCGACGAGUUUUGAUGCAUGCAGCUACAGCAAUGCAAACUAUGCACCCUUCACGACACACUCUAUGCCACCGCCCAAUGCGUACCCAACUCCAACCCACCGUCAGUACGAAGUCAUGGAUUCAAUGCCUACCCACCAGCGGAGUUACUCCGCGGACUCACCGGCUGCUUCAGAUCCGUACUCUCCACCUUGUCCGCCUCCUAAUCCAUAUAGCCCCUUCAAUACCAUGCCAUUGACCCCAAAUUCGACAAUUGGUACUGAUGAGCCAGUGCGGGCGACAUCCGGACAGACUCCCAACGCACAUAUCCCUGUGGAUCCUCGCCGCUUGUCAGUACUGUCACUGCUUAGCGGCCCUCCGGGCGACAGCACGCAGUCAGGCCGCCAGUAUCCCGUCAACGAGGAUGAGUAUACUAUCUACGGAUACGACACUGGAUUGCCCGAUAUGGACAUGCCCCAGAACGAUGAUCAAAAUCCCAUUGCGGUUUCGACUCCUCAGGAUAGCGCUAUGGAUCUUGACGGCGACAGUCCCGAGGCACAUACCCCGGAAACAGCCUUUGAUAAGGGAGGUUACUACGCUAAGCCCAUUCCGAUCAAGAUCUCGAAGUCAUUAGAGCCUCUGCCUCCCUUACUUCUCGAGAACCCCAUGAACCUGCUAUAUUUCCACCACUUCAUCGACCAUACGGCACGUAUACUGGUCCCUCAUGAUUGCGAGAAGAAUCCCUUUCGCACUAUACUGCCAGGGAUGGCCGUAAAAGAUGAGAACAUAAUGUCCCUGCUUCUGGCAUACUCAGCUUCCCACCGCGCCCGCGUCCUGUGCCACGAUGAACCCGCAAACCGAAUCGCAAUGUGGGUCACGGACGUCUUUCCAAAGCUCCGCCAGUCCCUCGCCAAUCCGUCCACCAUUUCCAACGCGGCACUCGCAUCUGCAAUCAUGAUGGCCUCCCUCGAGAUCAUCUCUCCCAACACCUUCGAAGUUCCCAUCGCCUGGCAAGACCACCUCAGCAUGGCGCGGCAAAUGAUCAUCGCCCGCGGCGGUCCUAAGACAAUGGAGAAAUCCGACCACGCAGCGUACUUCCUCUCCCGUUGGUUCGCCUACCUUGACGUCAUCGGUUCCCUCUCCGGAAACAAAAACGAUACCCCGCUCGGCAGCUGGUACUGGAAUUCUGCCAACGAGUCCGCAGAUACGGACUUCCAGAUCGACUGCUUGUACGGCUUUACGAACCGCUGCGUCGGCCUGCUCGCCGGCAUCGCGGAGCUCGCAAAAGAAGUAGAGCCGCUCCGCAUUGCUGCGGAUGGUACUAUCAACACCACGUUCCGACCAUCCCCGGAGGUCGCCGCCCGCGCCGAGACGAUCCGCCAGGAACUCUGGAAAGGUCUCACCGGCGCGAACGCGCACAAGGGCUGCACGCACCGCUCCUCACGCACGUCGUCGUCCUCUGAGAUCACCUGGGACGCCACCGAAAUCGACGCCACAAAUGAGAUGUUCCACUGGGCAGGGCUAAUCCAUCUCUACCGCCGCGUGCACAACUACCCGUCUUCUCACCCGGCUGUGCAGCAAUCCGUCUCGCAGAUAAUCGAACUGCUUUUCAAGGUAAGGAAGGGGAGCAGUGCCGAGGCGUGUCUAUUGUUCCCGAUGUUCGCGGCGGGGUGCGAUGCCCUGGAUCAGGGGCAGAGAGAGAAGGUGCUGGAGCGGUUUAGGGGGGUGGAGGGGAGCGGGAUGGUGCAGCUGGGGAGGGCGAGGGGGGUUAUGGAGAGGGUUUGGGAGACAGGGGCGUCGAUGAGGAGGUGUCGCCGUUGCCUAGAUAUGAAGGAUGUCAUUAGUCUAGUAUCAUGGUCACCGCAAACGAGGACACAUCCUCGUUGCCUGGACUAUACGAGUUUUCUAAAGUCAUUCAGGUAUUCUGUUUGGGCGAGGAUACUGCGAUGCCAAGAGGAAAUAAUUGGACAAGAGCGAUUCAACGCUGCAACAUCUAGUGUGGGCGAGUGUGGUGUGACAGUAGAGGCGGCAAAGCUAGAGAAGACUGAAGAAAUCAUCUCCAGAGUUCAGUUGCGAGCAAUUCACCAGGACCAAGGCGGAGUAGGUGAGACUGAAGGGCUUGGUGGGUCCAAAUGCGAGUGA